UAGCCUAUUCACGGUCUUGUGUUUCCCCAAAACCCCCAAACCUUUCUGAACCAACCCAAAAUCCCUAAAAUCUCUAAAACCAAAAUCCCCAAAAGCAUCCGAUCAAAAAAAAAUAAAAAAUCCCCAAAUCCAUUUUGAAGCAAAAUCUCCAAAGCCCUUGAGCCAAAAUUCAACGACGGUGACGAACGACAACGGUGAUCGACGACGGCUAGCAGCUAGGGAGCAGCGAAGCAGAGUUAGAUGACCUAGGGUGAAUCACGAACCAACCAGAGGCCUAGGAUCAGAAGCGACAAAGAUCAUAUUAUAUACAUAUAUAAUAUGUAUGUAUAGUGAUAUAUAGGGAGAGAAAGUGAAGAAACACGUAAACUAAUAUGGUCCGUGUAUGCAACUGAAGAACACAAUUCUUCUUCUUCUUCUUCUUCUUCUUCUUCUUCUUCUUCUUCACUCUCCUCAUUCCAUUCACCAUCGUUUUUCUUCGAUUCGCAAAUCGCUUCUGUUCCGAUCGAGUCUCUCUUUGUCUCUACAAAUGAAGAAGGAAGCUUCAUCGAUUUUAUUGACCUCGGAAGGGCGCGAAGACGUCGAUGAGUUCAUCGGGAUUAGCAAAUCUAGACUUCAGAGAUCAUUGGAUCUUUGGCCAUAUGAUACUGCAGGUUGCAGGUCACUGGAGUUGGCGUUUUGCAUUCUUUGGGGAGGCAAUUGUGAUGGUUCCAUUUGCUAUUCUAGGUUUUGUUAUAAAACCUUUGCAGUUGAAAAGUUGAUGUUUUGUUGGUUUUUUUUUUUUUUUUUGAUAGCCGUCAUAGACCUUAAAGGUGUGACACAUUAUGAUUACUGUGCAUGGGAUCUUUUCAAUGACUUAACUGGUAAAGAUGGCAGGCUAUCGGUAAAGGAAGAGUUCAUUGAUCAAGGCUCAGAAGGACCUUCCAAGUGA